UUUUCCUUCUCUCCUCUCCGUUGCCGCAGCGCCCACCUACUUCACCGCUCUCUACUUACUCUCUCCAGUCUCCUCGCCGCCGGCGGAGAUCUCUCCUGUAAUCUCCGAAUCUCUCACACUAGCCUGAGUUUCAUUCUCCGAUCCAUCCGGAAUGGCUUUCGAGAAGAUCAAGGUUGCCAACCCCAUCGUCGAGAUGGACGGGGAUGAAAUGACCCGAGUGAUUUGGCAAUCAAUCAAGGAUAAGCUCAUUCUGCCUUUUCUGGAGUUGGAUAUAAAGUACUUUGACCUUGGCCUCCCUCACCGUGAUGCCACAGAUGAUAAGGUUACAGUUGAAAGUGCAGAGGCUACCUUGAAGUAUAAUGUAGCAAUUAAGUGUGCAACAAUAACUCCAGAUGAAGCUCGUGUGAAGGAGUUUGACCUGAAGCAUAUGUGGAAGAGUCCAAAUGGGACAAUUAGGAACAUUUUGAAUGGCACUGUAUUCAGAGAGCCAAUUCUUUGCAAGAACAUUCCCCGCCUUGUCCCAAGUUGGAACAAACCAAUAUGCAUUGGAAGACAUGCAUUUGGUGAUCAGUACCGAGCAACUGAUACAGUUAUUCAAGGAGCUGGAAAACUCAAACUGGUUUUUGUGCCAGAAGGUAAGGAUGAAAAGACUGAGCUAGAGGUUUACAACUUCACUGGGGCUGGAGGAGUUGCCCUUUCCAUGUACAACACAGAUGAGUCUAUUCAUGCUUUUGCUGAUGCUUCAAUGAAUAUGGCAUACCAAAAGAAAUGGCCCUUGUAUCUCAGUACAAAGAAUACCAUUCUCAAGAAAUAUGAUGGGAGGUUUAAGGACAUCUUCCAAGAAGUCUAUGAGGCUCAAUGGAAAUCAAAGUUUGAAGAGGCUGGAAUUUGGUACGAACACCGUCUCAUUGAUGAUAUGGUUGCUUAUGCAUUGAAGAGUGAUGGUGGUUAUGUAUGGGCAUGCAAGAACUACGAUGGGGAUGUGCAGAGUGAUUUCCUAGCUCAAGGUUUUGGAUCCCUUGGGUUGAUGACAUCUGUCCUGGUUUGCCCUGAUGGAAAAACUAUUGAGGCUGAAGCAGCCCACGGAACUGUCACACGCCACUACAGAGUUCAUCAGAAGGGUGGUGAAACCAGCACCAACAGCAUUGCCUCCAUCUUUGCUUGGACACGAGGACUUGCUCACAGGGCUAAGUUGGACAACAAUGAUAGACUCUUGGAUUUCACCGAGAAGCUUGAAGCAGCUUGCAUUGGUGCUGUGGAGUCUGGAAAGAUGACCAAGGAUCUUGCACUUAUCAUCCAUGGGUCAAAGCUUUCAAGGGACACAUAUCUAAACACUGAAGAAUUCAUCGACGCAGUGGCAGAUGAACUGAAAGCUAAACUCUUGAAAGCCAAGGCAUAAUUGAUAAAUGCUUGGAUGCAGCGGUGGAAAUGGCAUUGUAGUUGACAGAGAACAGAAAACCGAAAUAACGCCUUGCGACAAGAGUAUUGAUUUCUUCUAUACAGAUAAUCAUGAUCUGUAUUAUUAUUAUUAUGAUACUGUAUUAUUAUUAGCACACAAUUGCCAGUUCCGAGUAGCUUCAGUUGGAUCUUUUUUCGUAUGGAAUGAUUGAUGCAGAACUAUUUUAUUUGCCGUUGAUUUUAAAUUUGAGCUUCUUCUACA